AUGAAGCUUCGGGAUCCGUCGCACGACAUCGUCGUCAUCGAGCGCAACCGGCCGGACGACACGUUCGGAUGGGGCGUGGUUCUGUCCGACGAGACGCUGGAGAAUCUGGCGGACAACGACCCGGCCAGCGCCAGGGCAAUCGGCGCGAACUUCGCCUAUUGGGACGAUAUCGCGCUUCAUUUCCAGGGGCAGCGGCUGGUCUCCACCGGGCACGGCUUUUGCGGCAUCGGCCGCAUGAAGCUGCUGGAGCUGCUGCAGGAUCGCGCCCGCGAACUGGGCAUCGAGAUGCGCUUUGAGACCGAGAUCGAGAGCGCCGAGGAUUACCGGCGCGACUUCGAUCUUGUCGUCGCCAGCGACGGGCUGAACUCCAAGACGCGGACGCUCUACGCCGACACGUUCAAGCCGGACAUCGAGCAGCGGCUGUGCCAGUUCGUCUGGCUCGGCACGCGCCAGACCUUCGCCGACGCCUUCACCUUCAUAUUCGAGCAGACCGAACAUGGCUGGGUCUGGGCCCACGCCUACCAGUUCGAUGACGACACCGCGACGUUCAUCGUCGAGUGCGCGCAGGACACGUUCGACGCGUUCGGCUUCGGGCAGAUGAGCCAAGAAGAGAGCAUCGCCGUCUGCGAGGCGAUCUUCAAGGAUCAUCUGGGCGGUCACAGUCUGAUGACCAACGCCAACCACAUUCGCGGUUCGGCCUGGCUGCGUUUUCCCCGGGUGCUGUGCGAAAAGUGGAGCCACGAGAACGUCGUUCUGCUGGGCGAUGCGGCGGCGACCGCGCAUUUCUCCAUCGGGUCGGGCACCAAGCUGGCGUUCGAAUCCGCCAUCGCGCUCGCCGAAUAUCUGCACACCGAGGCCGAUAUGACGGCGGCGUUCGCCAAAUAUGAGGACGAACGGCGGCUGGAAGUGCUGCGGCUGCAAUCGGCGGCGCGCAACUCGCUGGAAUGGUUCGAGCAUGUCGAUCGCUAUCUGCAUCUCGAUCCGGUGCAGUUCUACUAUUCGAUGCUGACCCGGUCGCAGCGGAUCAGCCAUGAAAAUCUGCGCCUGCGCGAUCCCGACUGGCUGCGCUCGGCGGAGAAAUGGUUUCAGGAAAAGGCGGGCGUUGGCGCCAACGCGCCGGUGCGCGCGCCGAUGUUCGCGCCGUUCAGGCUGCGCCGCAUGGACCUCAAGAACCGCGUCGUCGUUUCGCCCAUGGCCCAGUAUAAGGCCGUCGACGGUUGUCCGACCGACUGGCAUUUCGUCCAUUACGCGGAGCGCGCCAAGGGCGGGGCGGGGCUCGUCUAUACCGAGAUGACCUGCGUCUCUCCCGAAGGGCGGAUCACGCCCGGCUGCCCGGGACUUUACGCGCCCGACCAUGAAGCCGCCUGGCGCCGGCUGACCGAGUUCGUUCACGCCGAGACCGACGCGAAAGUCUGCUGCCAGAUCGGCCAUUCGGGCCGCAAGGGCUCGACCCAGCUUGGGUGGGAGGAAAUGGACGCGCCGUUGCCCGACGGCAAUUGGGAAACCGUCUCGGCGUCACCGAUCCCGUGGUCGGACCGCAACCCGGCACCGCGCGAGAUGAGCCGGGCCGACAUGGACAUGGUGCGCGACCAGUUCGUCGCCGCGGCCGAAAUGGCGGACCGGGCCGGCUUCGACAUGAUCGAGCUGCACGCGGCGCACGGCUAUCUGGUCUCGUCCUUCAUCUCGCCAUUGUCCAACCGGCGCAGCGACGCGUAUGGCGGCAGCCUCGAAAAUCGCAUGCGCUGGCCGCUGGAAUUGUUCGCGGCGAUGCGCGCGGCAUGGCCCGCCGAAAAGCCGAUGUCGGUGCGGAUUUCCGCGCACGACUGGGUCGGCGACGAUGGCGUGACGCCGGAUGAAGCGGUCGAGAUCGCGCGCAUGUUCGAGCAGGCCGGCGCCGAUAUCAUCGAUGUUUCGGCCGGCCAGACCUCGACCGAUGCCCGGCCGGUCUAUGGCCGCAUGUUCCAGACGCCGUUCUCCGACCGCAUCCGCAACGAGACCGGUGUCGCCACCAUGGCGGUCGGCAACAUCUACGAAGCCGAUCACGUCAAUUCGAUCCUGAUGGCGGGACGCGCCGAUCUGGUCUGCCUGGCACGGCCGCAUCUGGCCGAUCCCUACUGGACCGUUCACGCCGGCGCCGCGAUCGGCGACCGCGGACAUGGCGGUGCGCGUAUGACGCUCGAUGGCCGGCAUGCGGUGAUAACGGGCGGUGGCUCUGGCGUCGGGGCGGCGACCGCGCGCGCCUUCGCCGAUGCCGGCGCGGUGGUCACCGUGAUGGGCCGGCGCGAAGAGCCGCUGCGCGCGCAGGCCGAACAUGAAAGGAUCGGCUACCAGCUAUGCGAUGUCACCGACGCCGACGCGGUGACAAAGGCCUUCGAGGCUGCGCGGGACGCCUGCGGGCCGGUGUCGAUCGUUGUCGCCAAUGCCGGCGACGCCGCGUCCAAACCGUUCGCGGCGAUGCAGGCGAUCGAUCUCGAUGUCAUGCUUGCGGUCAACGUCACGGGCGUCUUCAACGCCUACAAGGCCGCGCUUGCCGACAUGCAGGCGCUUGGCUGGGGACGCAUGAUCGCCACCGCCUCCACAGCCGGGCUGAAGGGUUAUGGCUAUGUGUCGGGCUAUUGCGCCGCCAAGCACGGCGUCGUCGGGCUGACGCGGGCGCUGGCGAUCGAACUGGCGCGCACCGGCAUCACCGUGAAUGCCAUCUGCCCCGGCUUCAUCGAGACACCGCUUCUGGAUCGGUCCAUCGAAACGAUCGUGGCGAAAACCGGCAAGAGCGCCGAAGAGGCCGCAAAAUCGCUGCGUGCCGGCAACCCGCAGGGACGUUUCAUCCAGCCCGACGAGGUGGCGCAGACCGCGCUGUGGCUGGCCAGCGACGCCGCCCGGUCCGUCAACGGCCACGCGCUGAGCAUAUCCGGGGGCGAGCUGCGUCUGUGGCUGCGGUUUUUGAAGGCGCAAAGCUCGAUCGAAGCCGAGAUCCGGCGACGGCUGCGCGACCAAUACGGGUCCACCCUGCCGCGUUUCGAUGUCAUGUCGGCGCUGGCCCGGUUUCCCGACGGUCUGAAGAUGAGCGAAAUCUCCGGCCUUCUGAAAGUGUCCAACGGCAAUGUCACCGGCAUCGUCGACCGUCUGACGCAGGACGGGCUGGCGCUUCGGGUUGCGGUGCCCGGCGACCGCCGGGCGCAACUGGUGCGGCUGACGCCGGCGGGCCAGUCGGCCUUCGCCGAACUGGCGCAAGCCCAUGAGGCCUGGCUCGACGAGAUGCUCGGCGGCCUCGGUCCGGACGAACUGGCGGAGACUAGGGCCAUGCGCAGCGACACACGGCAUUUCAAGUGCACGAUCGACGGGCCGGUGGCACGCAUCGCGCUGAACCGUCCCGAACGCAAGAACCCGCUGACCUUCGAGAGCUAUGCGGAACUGCGCGACUGGUUCCGCGACCUUCACUAUGAUGACGAGGUGCACGCUGUCGUCUUCCUGCCCAAUGGCGGCAAUUUUAGUUCCGGCGGUGACGUGCACGACAUUAUCGGGCCGCUGACGCAGAUGAGCAUGAAGGAGCUUCUGGCCUUCACCCGGAUGACGGGCGAUCUGGUCAAGGCGAUGAUCCAUUGCGGCAAGCCGAUCAUCGCCGCCGUCGAAGGGAUUUGCGCGGGCGCCGGCGCGAUCAUCGCCAUGGCGUCGGACCUGCGGGUUGCAACGCCGGACGCCAAGGUCGCCUUCCUGUUCAACCGGGUCGGCCUUGCCGGCUGCGACAUGGGCGCCUGCGCCAUGCUGCCGCGCAUCAUCGGGCAGGGCCGGGCCAAUGAGCUUCUGUAUCUGGGCCGGUCCAUGAGUGCCGAAGAGGGCCAUGCCUGGGGGUUUUUCAAUCGCCUGUCGGACGCGGCCGAACUGGAAUCGGUGGCCAUGGAACUGGCCGAACGCAUCUGUGCGGGGCCGACAUUCGCCAAUGCCAUGACCAAGACGAUGCUGGCGCAGGAAUGGUCGAUGUCCCUCGAUCAGGCGAUCGAAGCCGAAGCGCAGGCGCAGGCCAUCUGCAUGCAGGGCAACGACUUCCGCCGGCGAUUGAUGGCGGACCGGAGCUUCCUCGACUGGCCCUUUUUCGACGAUCGGCAUCGCGCGCUUGCGGACGAAAUCGAUGCGUGGGCGGUCGGGCAUCUGGGCGGCGUCGAUCAUGCGGACGUGGAUGCGGCCUGCCGCACACUGGUCUCGGAUCUCGGCGCGGCCGGGUUCCUGGAGCACACCGGCGCAGAGGACGGCAAGCUCGAUGUGAGGACGCUGUGCCUGAUCCGUGAAACGCUGGCGCGCCAUGAGGGGCUGGCCGAUUUCGCGUUUGCCAUGCAGGGGCUCGGUACCGGCGCCAUCUCGCUGUUCGGGUCGUCCGACCAGAAAGCGCAAUGGCUGCCGCUUUCCCGCUCGGGCAAGGCGAUUGCCGCCUUCGCGCUCACCGAGCCGCAAUCGGGCUCCGAUGUCGCCAACAGCACGAUGACCGCCACACGCGAUGGCGACGCCUUCGUGCUCGAUGGCGAAAAGACCUGGAUCUCCAAUGGCGGCAUCGCCGACGUCUACACGGUCUUUGCGCGGACAGGCGAAGCGCCGGGCGCCAAGGGCCUUUCGGCGUUCAUCGUUCCCGCCGGCAUCGACGGUUUCGAGGUGACCGAACGGCUGGAGACGAUCGCGCCCCAUCCGCUGGCGACGUUGCGUUUUUCCGCCUGCAAGAUCCCGGCUUCGUCGAUGAUCGGCAAUCCCGGCGAGGGGUUCAGGAUCGCCAUGUCGGUGCUCGACAUCUUCCGCCCGACCGUCGGCGCAGCCGCGCUCGGCUUCGCGCGCCGGGCGCUCGAUGAGUCGAUCGGCCGGGUUGCAAAACGUCAUGUGCAGGGCGCGCCGCUGUCCGAUCUGCAGAUGGUCCAGGGCCAUAUCGCCGACAUGGCGCUCGAUGUGGAUGCGGCGGCGCUUCUAAUCUACCGCGCCGCGUGGACCAAGGACAUGGGUGCGCCGCGCAUCACCCGCGAGGCGGCGAUGGCCAAGCUUUUCGCCACCGACCGGGCGCAAGAGGUGAUCGACAAGGCCGUCCAGCUUCAUGGCGCCGACGGCGUCCGGUCGGGCCAUGCCGUCGAGACGCUCUACCGCGAAAUCCGGGCACUGCGCAUUUACGAGGGUGCAUCGGACGUUCAGAGGAGAACUGCAAUGAAAGAGCUGGAAAAGGGCAUCACCGAAAACGGUGUCGGCUACAAGGAAACGACCUGGAACAUUCUCGGCCAGACCUAUUAUCCGAAGGCGGUUUGCGAGAGCACAUUCGCCUUUGAAACGAACUCGGCUCCCGGCGAUGCCGUGCCCGUGCACAUCCACCCGACGCAGGACGAGUUCAUUCUCGUGCAGGAAGGCGAACUGGACCUCAAGCUCGACGGCAAAUGGACCAAGGCGCGUGAAGGCGAUCUGGUGCGCAUGCCCCGCGGCAUUCCGCAUGGCUAUUUCAACAAGUCGGACAAGCCGUGCCGGGCGCUGUUCUGGGUCUCGCCGGCGGGCAAGCUGAAAGAGCUCUUCGAAGAACUGCACAACAUGACCGAUGUCGAGGCCGUCGUGAAAGUCUCGGCCGAGCACGAUGUCGAUUUCCUGCCACCGGAAGCCAAUUGGCCGGAUCUGCUGCUGGACGGCUUCGACUAUCCCGAACGGUUGAACGCGGGGGUCGAACUGACCGAUGCGAUGGUCGGCAAGGGUUUUGGCGACCACACGGCGCUUAUCGGCAACGGCCGGCGGCGGACCUACAAGGAACUGACCGACUGGACCAACCGGCUGGCGCAUGCGCUGGUCGACGAUAUCGGCGUCAAGCCGGGCAACCGGGUGCUGAUCCGCUCGGCCAACAAUCCGGCGAUGGUCGCCUGCUGGCUGGCGGCGACCAAGGCCGGCGCCGUCGUCGUCAAUUCGAUGCCGAUGCUGCGCGCGGCGGAGCUGUCCAAAUAUAUCGACAAGGCCGAGAUCGCCUUUGCGCUGUGCGACACGCGGCUGAUGGACGAAAUGGAGCCCUGUGCCGCUACAAACGCGUUCCUCAAACGUGUCGUCGGCUUUGACGGCACCUCCAACCAUGACGCGGAACUGGACCAGCUGGCGCUUGAAAAGCCGGUCCGGUUCGAUGCCGUCCAGACUGCGCAGGACGACGUCGCGCUGCUCGGCUUCACGUCGGGAUCGACGGGCGAACCCAAGGCGACGAUGCAUUUCCACCGCGAUCUGAUGAUCAUCGCCGACGGCUAUGCAGCCGAGGUUCUGGGCGUGACGCCCGACGAUGUCUUCGUCGGCUCGCCGCCGCUUGCCUUCACGUUCGGGCUGGGCGGACUGGCCAUCUUUCCGCUGCGUUUCGGCGCGACCGCGACGCUGCUGGAAAAUGCCAGCCCGCCCAACAUGAUCGAGAUCAUCGAGAAGUACAAAGCGACCGUCUGCUUCACCGCGCCCACCGCCUAUCGCGCCAUGCUGCGCGGCAUGGAGGAGGGUGCCGACCUGUCUUCGCUGCGUGCGGCGGUCUCGGCGGGCGAAACCCUGCCGGCGCCGGUCUAUGAGGAGUGGCGGGAAAAAACCGGCAAACCGAUGCUCGACGGUAUCGGGGCGACGGAAUUGCUUCACAUUUUCAUCUCCAACCGGUUUGAUGAUCACAAGCCCGCCUGUACGGGCAAGCCGGUGACCGGAUACGAGGCGAAAGUGGUGGACGAAAAGGGCGACAUCGUCGCGGCCGGAGAGAUGGGACGGCUGGCCGUGCGCGGGCCGACCGGCUGCCGCUAUCUGCGUGGCGAGAACCAGGCCAAAUACGUCAUGGACGGAUGGAACAUCACGGGCGACACGUUCCGGGUCGAUGACGACGGUUAUUUCCAUUUCGCCGCGCGCAAUGACGACAUCAUCGUGUCGGCCGGCUACAACAUCGCCGGGCCGGAAGUGGAGGCGGCACUGCUUGCUCACCCCGAUGUGGCCGAAUGCGCCGUAAUCGGCGCACCGGAUGAAGAGCGUGGGGCGAUCGUCCAGGCCCAUGUCGUUGUCGGUCCGGACGCAUCGCCCGACGAAGCACUGGUCAAGACGCUUCAGGACCACGUCAAGGCGACGAUUGCGCCGUACAAAUAUCCGCGCAGCAUCGUCUUCGUGGACGCCCUGCCGAAGACGCAGACCGGCAAGGUGCAGCGAUUCCGGCUGAAGCCGUCACCCCGCACCACCUACGACGUGGCCGAUGAGAUCGCGCGGCGGGAGAUCCAUUCCGAGCUCUAUUCGACGAGUGGCGAGUACGACCUUCUGGCCAAGCUCUACAUCCCCGAGGAGGAGGAUAUCGGCCGUUUCAUCAAUGACAGGCUGCUCGACAUUGACGGGAUCGAACGGUCGCUGACGACGCUGACAUUCAGGGUCGGCAUGAUCACCACGCUGUCCGGCGGCGGCGCGGGUCUUGGCAUCGACGUGCGCGACGGAUUCCUUUUGGCGAUCAAGCAGUCCGGCCGUGACGACAUAGAGGUCAUUGUCGAGGACGAUCAGCGCAAGCCGGACGUCGCGGUUCAACUGGCCGACAAGAUGGUCCAGGCCGAACAGGUCGACGUGCUGACCGGUAUCAUCUGGUCCAACCUGGCGAUGGCCGUGGUGCCGUCGGUAACCGCGCAGGGCAAGUUCUACCUGUCGCCCAACGCGGGUCCUUCGGCACUCGCGGGCGCGGGCUGCCAUCCCAACUAUUUCAACGUCGCCUGGCAGAACGACAAUCUGCACGAGGCGGCCGGCGCGUAUGCCAACAGCGCAGGCUACAGCAAAUCGUUCAUCUUGGCGCCCAACUAUCCGGCGGGUCAGGAUGCGCUGACCGGCUACAAGCGCUUCUUCGAGGGCGAAUUGGCGGGCGAGAUCUACACGACGCUCGGCCAGACCGACUAUGCGGCCGAAAUCGCGCAGAUCCGCGCUUCGGACGCCGACAGCGUGUUCUUCUUCCUGCCCGGCGGCAUGGGCAUUGCCUUCCUGAAACAGUAUCAGGAUUCGGGCAUCGACAUCCCCGUCGUCGGUCCCGCCUUCUCGUUCGAUCAGGGUAUCUUGCAGGCGGUCGGCGAUGCGGCGCUCGGCGUCGUCAACACCUCGCAAUGGAGCAAGGAUAUCGACAACCCGACCAAUGCCGCCUUUGUCGAGAGCUUUCAGGCCGAAUAUGGCCGUCUGCCCUCGCUCUAUGCCAGCCAGGGUUUCGACACCGCCAACCUCUUAAUCUCGGCGCUUGAGAAGGCCGACGUCUCCGACGCCGAUGCGUUCCGUGACGCGCUGCGGGCCGCCGAUUUCGACAGCACGCGUGGCGAUUUCGAGUUCGGUCCGAACCAUCACCCGAUCCAGACCAUCUACGCGCGCGAGGUCAUCAAGGAAGGCGAUGUGUACACCAACAAGCUGAUCGGCCCGGCGCUCGAGAACCAUGCCGACGCCUAUGCGGGCUUCGGCAUCAUGCUGUUCCUGAUGGCGGCUGGCCUGACGCUGAUCUUCGGCGUCAUGGGGCUGAUCAAUCUGGCGCAUGGAUCGCUCUACAUGAUCGGCGCCUUCGCCGCCGCAACGGUGGCCGGCUACACCGGAUCGUUCGUGCUGGCGCUCGCGGCGGCGCUUGCUGCGGCCGCGAUCGUCGGCGCCAUCGUCGAGCUGGUCGUGAUCCGAAGGCUCUACGACAAGGAUCAUCUCGAUCAGGUGCUGGCGACCUUUGCGCUGAUCCUGAUCUUUUCGGAAGGCACGCGCUGGCUGUUCGGCUCGUUUCCGCUGUUUCUCGACAUUCCGGACUAUCUGUCGGGACCGGUGACGCUGCCCGGCGGCAUCCAAUAUCCGCUCUACAGGCUGUUCCUGAUCGUGGUUGGCCUUCUGAUCGCGCUUGGUCUCGGCGCGCUGAUCACGAAAACACGGAUCGGCAUCCAGAUCCGUGCCGGCGAGAACGAUCGCGAGAUGAUCGCCGCGCUCGGCAUCGACAUUUCGCGCCUUUACACGCUGGUCUUCGCAUUGGGCGCGGGGCUCGCCGGCAUCGCCGGCGCGCUGGUGGGCGCGAUCCAGUCGGUGCAGGUCGGCAUGGGCGAACCGGUGCUGAUCCUCGCCUUCGUGGUCAUCGUCAUUGGCGGGAUCGGCUCGAUGAAGGGUGCGCUGAUCGGCGCCAUCCUCGUCGGGCUCACCGACACGCUCGGCGGCAUCUUCCUGCCCGAACUGCUCAAGCUUUUCACCGAUCCGGCGACCGCCACCUCGGUCGGUUCCGAAGUCAUGAUCGCCGAGCGCUAUCUGAACGCCGCGAUCCUGGCGAUCUUCUUCGUCGUGCCGGCAUGGGCCUGGUGGGCCAACGAACCGUUCACGAUCACGCUGAUGACGCGGGCGGCGAUCUUCGCGCUGGCGGCGGUCGGCCUGAACGUCGCGCUCGGACUGGGCGGACUGGUGAGCCUGGGCCAUGCCGCAUUCUUCGGCAUUGGUGGUUACGCCAUGGGUAUCCUCGCUUUUCAUGCCCAGACCGUCACGCCGGUGAUGGAAUGGCCGUUUGUCAUCGAGGGCACCAAAUCGAUGCCCGUCAUCUGGCUGACCGCGAUCGUCCUGUCGGCGCUGGCGGCGCUGGUGAUCGGGCAUUUGUCGCUGCGCACGUCGGGCGUCUAUUUCAUCAUGAUCACGCUGGCGUUCGGCCAGAUGUUCUUCUUCUUCUCGAUCAGCUGGUCGGCUUAUGGCGGCGAGGACGGGCUGUCGAUCUGGGUGCGCAACGACUUUCCCGGGCUGAACACGCUGCAACCGAUCCAGUUCUACGGCUUGUGCCUGGCGAUCCUGUGCACGGUGCUUUGGUUCACCAGCCGGCUGGCCAGAUCGCCGUUCGGGCUGGCGCUCAACGCGGCGCGCCAGGUGCCGCAGCGGGUCGAAACCGUGGGGCUGAAUGCGACGCGGCUCAAGCUGGUCGCCUUCGUGAUCUCCGGCGCGAUCACGGGACUGGCCGGCGCGCUGUUCGCCGAUCUCAACCGGUUCGUCAGCCCGACCAUGUUUUCCUGGCAGAUGAGUGGCGAGAUCAUGGUGUUCAUCAUCAUCGGAGGCGUCGCGCGGCUGUUCGGGCCGGUCGCCGGCGCGCUGGUCUUCGUGGCGCUCGAGCAUUUCCUCGGCGGCCUGAGCGAUUACUGGCUGGUCUAUCUUGGCGCGUUGCUGCUGCUGAUCGUCCUGUUCGGCCGCGGCGGGUUGAUCGGCAUCGUGUCCGGCCGGAGCUUCGGCGCCCUGAAAGCCAGCGACGACGUUUCGAUCGACCUUCGGCCGGGCGAGAUCCAUGCCAUUAUCGGGCCCAAUGGCGCUGGAAAGUCGACGCUGAUCGCGCAGAUUUGCGGCACGCUGAUGCCGGACGCCGGCAGCGUGCAUCUGCUCGGUCGCGACGUCACGCAGCAAAGCACGCGCGCGCGCGCCAAGGCGGGGCUUGGCCGCACCUUCCAGAUAUCGGCGCUGGCGAUGCAGGACACCGUGCUUCAGAACGCGGUUCUUGGCGCGCUGGGCGCAUCUGGCCGGCCAUGGCGCUUCCUGUCUCCGGCGCUCGAGGACGCAGAUCUGCGCGCCCGCGCCGAGGCGGCGCUGGAGCGCGUCGGCCUUCAGGACCAUGCGGCGACGCGAACCGCCGAACUCAGCCACGGCCAGCGGCGGCAACUGGAAGUGGCCGUCGCGCUGACGCUGGAGCCCAGCGUUUUCGUCAUGGACGAGCCCAUGGCGGGUCUGGGGUCGGAAGGAUCGAAACGGCUGACGGGGUUUCUCGACGAAUUGCGCCAUGAGGCGCCGAUCCUUUUGGUCGAGCAUGACAUGGACGCGGUGUUCACGCUCGCCGACCGGAUCAGCGUUCUUGUCUACGGCAAGGUGAUCGCCAGCGGCAGCAUCGAUGAGAUCCAGUCGGACAGGCAGGCCCUGUUCGGCGUCGAUCUGGAUAUCGGCGCGGGCGAAGUCGUUGCGCUGAUGGGCCGUAACGGCAUGGGCAAGACGACCACCGUCAAAUGCAUCUGCGGCAUGCUGCCCUUCAAAGGCUCGAUCACCUUCAGCGGCCAUGAUCUGGGCCGGCUGCCAAGCCACAAGGCUGCCCGUCUGGGGCUGGGGCUCGUGCCGGAGGGCCGGCGCUGCUUUGCCGGUCUGACCGUAUACGAGAACCUGAUUGCUGCGGCGCGGCCGGGCUAUUGGACCCAUGAGCGUGUCGUCGAACUGUUUCCGCGGCUGGGCGAGCGGCGCAACCAGAUAUCGGCCUCGCUUUCGGGCGGCGAGCAGCAGAUGCUGGCGAUCGGCCGGGCGCUGAUGACCAACCCGAAGCUGCUGAUCCUGGACGAGGCGACCGAGGGCCUGGCGCCGAUCAUCAAGCAGGAGAUCUGGGCGGCGAUCGCCCGGCUGAAGACCGAAGCGGGUCUGUCGAUCCUGAUGAUCGACAAGUCGCUGAAGGAAUUGCGGGCGAUCUGCGACCGGGCGACGAUCAUCGAGCGCGGCCGAACCGUCUGGCGGGGUGAGAUGGCGGCGCUGACCAACGACGUGACCAUGACCGCUGAAGGCCGAACAGAUUAUGGACCAACGAUCAUGACCACCAAGACGAUACAGCCGGACGAUUGGGCGCCCGCCCGGGGAUAUGCCAAUGGCAUGCUGACGCCGGACGGCACGCUGCAGAUCGGCGGGCAGAUCGGCUGGAACAAGGACCAGGUGUUCGAGACGCACGAUUUUGUCGGGCAGUUGGAGCAGACGCUGCGCAACAUCGCCGCGAUUGUCGAGGCCGCCGGCGGCAAGGUCACGGACAUUACCAGGCUGACCUGGUUCAUCACCGACAAACGGGCCUAUGUCGCCCGGCAGAAGGAGGUGGGCGCUGCCUACCGCGCGGUGUUCGGCAAGCACUUCCCGGCGAUGUCGGUGGUCGUCGUCAGCGGGCUGAUCGAGGACGAUGCGCUGAUCGAGAUCGAAGCGACGGCGCAUCUGGCCUGCGAUUUUCAGACCAUGUUGACGGCACCGACAGCGCGCGCACUCAGACUUACCGAUGCCGAUAACAUCGUCGUGGCGAUCGAGCCGUUCAGCGCCGGCGACGCGUUCGCCGGCGUCACGGCUUCGCAACGCGUGCCGCGAGGCCACAAGAUGGCGGUGGAGGCAAUCGCGCGCGAUGCGGCCGUGGUCAAGUACGGGCAGGUGAUCGGCUUCGCCAGGGAAGACAUCACGCCGGGAAGCUGGGUGCACGAGCACAAUGUCUAUCUUCACAGCUUCGAUCGCGAUUACGCUUUCGGCACCGAAACCAAGCCCACCGCGUUCGUCACGCCGGAACGAAGACGCACAUUCCAGGGCUUCCGCAGGGCCAACGGCAAGUACGGCACCCGCAACUAUGUCGCCGUGCUGACGUCGGUGAACUGCUCGGCGAGUGCCGCGCGCUUCAUCGCCGACCACGUGACGAGGUCCGGUAUCCUUGCCGACUAUCCCAAUGUCGACGGUGUCAUUUCGCUGGUGCACGGCACCGGCUGCGGGCUGGACACGCAUGGCGAGGCCUACGAGCUUCUAAAGCGCACGCAGUGGGGCUUUGCGACAAAUCCCAACGUCGGCGGCGUGCUGAUGGUGGGCCUGGGGUGCGAGGCGUUCCAGAUCCCGCGCUGGAUGCGGUCCUAUGGCAUCAGCGAGGACGCGACCUUUCGAACGCUGACGAUCCAGGAAGUGGGCGGCACGCGCAAGACGGUGGAGGCGGGGGUGCGCGCGGUCGAAGAGAUGCUGCCGAUCGUCAACGAGGCGACACGCGGCGAGGCGCCGGCUUCGGAACUGAUGCUCGCGCUUCAGUGCGGCGGCUCCGAUGGCUAUUCGGGCAUCACGGCCAACCCUGCGCUGGGCGUGGCGGUCGAUCUGCUGGUGGCCGAAGGCGGCACCGCAAUCCUGUCGGAGACGCCGGAGAUCUACGGUGCCGAACACCUUCUGAUGCACCGUGCCGGUAGCACGCAGGUGGGCGAGAAGCUGGCGGAGCGCAUCCGCUGGUGGGAGGACUAUACCGCGCGCCACAACAUGGAGAUGAACAACAAUCCGUCGCCCGGCAACAAGGCGGGCGGGCUGACGACGAUCCUCGAAAAGUCUCUGGGAGCGGCGGCGAAGGGUGGCUCGACCAACCUCAACGGUGUCUUCGACUAUGCCGAUCCGGUCACGGCAAAGGGGUUGGUGUUCAUGGACACGCCCGGCUACGACCCGGUCUCGGCGACGGGGCAGGUGGCCGGCGGCGCCAACGUGCUCUGCUUCACCACGGGGCAAGGGUGA